CCUGCACGAGCGCGCAGGUGUCAGGAUCACCGUCUGAUGGACGGGGAGGGCGUGACGUCAUCAAGGGGACACCAACGAGUUUUGCCAAAGAAAAGCUUGUAGAUCCACACUGGAAGAGGGACACUGGCAGCCGAACAAAUGCAGUGUGUCUCAAAGGAACGCUCUCUCGGCGGUUUCUCCCGGUGACACUAUCGAGGGUAAGAUCUAAUAUUAUUCUCUGAUAACACACGGAAAAUUCCUCACGGCAGCAGCAGCAAACUGACAGACUAAAACCUCCAUCUACCGGACUGCACCAGUGCCAAGAUUCAAUAACAAACUCUGAACUACGAAAACACCACUUUCCCGAUGGAAAACUGUUCGUUUUUCUUUUUUUCAACACAAAUAGAGCAGACCCGUGGAGCAUCUGACAAAGGCAGGCGACGGGGAUGCAUAAGAAGCAUGACACAUAGCUGCGUGAGAAGCAUGGAGGGAACAGGACAGCCUGGAGCCGGAGACGCCUCUCGCAGGCAAUGCCCAAUUGCUCCUCUCUAAGCUAUGGCUUGGCAGACUACAUCCCCAUUCCGAUAUGGCUUUGACCUGGGGCGACAUUACCAGGAUCUGCGUCCUCUUGGCACGGGAGCGUCUGGCCUCGUCCUCUCUGCGGUGGACAGGCGCAGCGGCCUGCGUGUGGCGGUCAAGAAGCUGGUCAUGCGAGAUGCCGUCAGCGUAAAACACGCUCUGAGAGAGGUGAAGAUCACCCGCCGCCUGCAGCAUGAGAACAUCGUCCGGGUGUAUGACUUGUUGGGGCCGUCCGGUCACCCUUUACCGCGUGACCUGACCCAUGUGUCAGCGAUAUACAUUGUGCAAGAGUGUAUGAAAACUGACCUGGCACGGUUACUGGAGCAAGGGCCGUUGCCAGCAGAACACGCCACCCUGCUCUUUUAUCAGCUGCUUCGCGGGCUCAAGUUCAUCCACUCGGCCAACGUGCUGCACCGUGACCUCAAGCCAGCGAACAUCUUUAUCAACACUGAGCAAAUGCUGCUGAAGAUUGGAGACUUCGGUCUGGCUCGCAUUGUCGACCCACAUUACUCACACAAGGGAUAUCUGUCAGAAGGAAUGGUCACUAAAUGGUACCGUUCACCAAGACUGCUGCUGUCUCCAAAUAACUACACUAAAGCAAUUGAUAUGUGGGCCGCAGGCUGCAUUCUGGCUGAGAUGCUCACAGGCCGCAUGCUGUUUGCAGGUGCUCAUGAACUGGAGCAGAUGCAGCUGAUUUUGGACACCGUGCCUGUUAUUAGAGAGGAGGACAGACAGGAACUGCUGAAGGUCAUGCCCUGUUUUGUAGGUCAAGGGUGGGAGGUCAAGAGGUCACUCAGAAAACUAUUGCCAGAGGUGGAGGACAAAGACAUUGAUUUCCUGGAGUGUAUCCUCACCUUUAAUCCCAUGGACCGGCUGACAGCAGAAGCGGCUUUGUCUCAUCUAUACCUGCAGAGAUACUCGUGUCCUCAGGAUGAGCCUGUCUCCUUGCAGCCUUUUCACAUAGAGGACGAGCUGGAGGACAGUCUGGUCACCGAGCACGGUCACGCGCUCAGCUCCCACUGGGACAGGUAUGAUGGGAGUCUGUCAUCAGAUGCUUAUUGGCCGCAGCAGGAGCAGUGCGGCUGCAUGCAGAGCGUCUCUGAACUGGGAGAGGCGGAAGACGACGAAGUUCAAAGAGAUCCACGAGCGAGUUCAGCGGCCCACAUCGAGGAGGCUCAGGUAGACCCUCGCAAAUACUCCCACAGCAGCUCCGCAGAGCGAUUCCUGGAGCAGUCCCACUCGUCUCUGGAGCGUGUCUGCAGCCAGUUCACGGAGCUGGACUGCGGCCGCUCCUGCGAUUACAAAGUGGGCUCUCCGUCCUACCUGGAUAAGAUCGCGUGGCGGGAAGGGAAGCCGCAGCACUACUCUGAACCCAAGCUAAUACUGGACCUGUCUCACUGGAGGCACAACAGCAUGUCUGCUCCAAGAGGGGGCAGUGUGGAGAAGCUUCUCGCCGAGCCUGGAGAUCUGUUCCAGGAGAUCUCGCGCUGGGUGGAGAGCACGCAGUCUGGACUCCACUCGCCCGGUUCUCCUCAAGAAGCUCUCACCUCCCCGUGUUCACCUCCUCAGCCGCUGUCUCCUACAAUGCUGCCUCAUUCUCACAUGCAAAUCCCAGCGGCUUUGCAACUGUCCAGCCCUCACGACAGCAGGAGGAGUCCUAACCCGUUCUUCACCGCUCCUCCGUCUCUGCUGCCCACUUCUCCUUCCUCGCCUCAUCACGGUUCAUCAAAUUACCCGUCUUCCUCCAUACGUUGUGAAAACGAUGAAGAGCCCUCACAGAUGGAUCCUUCCGGGGAAGAACAUUUUGACCUGGACGUGUUUAUCUCUCAGGCUCUGAGGCUGUGUAGUCAGAGUGAGGUACCAGCGGAGAACCCGGACGCUCCCAAAUCGGGCAGCAUUAGUCAUGUUCGCAACGUCUCAGAUCACAGACCCUCCAGAACACAAACUCCAACGCCUGAGAUGGUCAAGGCUCAUGGGUGUCAUAAAGAGCACUGGUAGAGGAGAUCUUUGACUUUUUAAUUAGUUUGCUUUUUAGUGCAACUUAAGGUGGAAUGAAUCAAUGUGAACACCGCGGACCUUUUGAGGGUUUUUUUUUUGGGGGGGGGAGAAUUUUGAUUUAUUACCUGAAGCUAUGAUUCUGUAUUUACCUCUAGAAUGAGGAUAACCUGGCAAAACAACAUCCGAGAUCUCAAAUAGGAUUUGAUUGGAGCCUUGAGGGCACAUGGUGAUGGGAAAUCUUUUUUCUUCCCUUAUGAAACUUUCUCUCUCGAAAAACCAACAAAAACUUCUGUUCUUCCGAAAAACUUUUGCAUUCUCUCAAAUUAGUUUUUGCGAGACAUCUGUGUGCUCUCAUGUUUGAUUGCCCACAUUUCUCUGAACUAUUCCAUUUUAAAUCUUUUAGGUGAAUAAAUUAAAAACUACAAUUUAAAACACAAUUUUGUUAGAGAAAUUUUGCAAGUUUCUUAUGAAAAUGUGCAAGUAUAUUUUUUUCCUCCCAACUAAUU